ACGUCUAACGUCUUAAAGCCAAAUGAGUUUAACUGAUCUAGAUUCGUCUGUUUGCAGCCUGCAGGCAGCAGCUGAGCAGAUGUUUCAUUUUCCACAUAAUGACCUAAUAAUCAUGUACGUGCGAGUCCACAGUGAGCUCACCGGGAUUUAAGGACACGAGUUUGGAUCCGUCGUGUUAUCCGAGAGGAGCCGAGGAGCUCCGAGGAGCUCCGAGGAGCUCCGGGGAGCGUCAAUAGGAGCUCCAGCUCCUCCUCAGCAUCCACCCCGCGGACCGGGGAAGCUCUGCAGGACGAGCCGGAUCCCGGAGCGGAGAGCGGUGGACCAUGCCGUUGGUGAAGCGGCUCAUCGAGCCCCGGCAUCUGUGCCGCGGCGCUCUGCCUGACGGAGUCAUCAGUGAACUCGAGUGCGUCACCAACAGCACGCUAGCUGCUGUCAUCAAACAGCUGGGAGGCCUCAGUCGUCAUGCAGAGGACAUCUUCACUGAGCUCUUCACUGAGGCCAACACCUUCUACCUGAGGAUGAGCAGCCUGCAGGAGAGGGUGGACCUUCUGGCUGUGAAGGUCACUCAGCUGGACUCCACGGUGGAGGAAGUGUCUCUGCAGGACAUCAACAUGAGGAAGGCUUUCCGAAGCAGUACCAUCCAGAACCAGCAGGUGGUAUCACGGGCCUCCAUCCUCAACCCGGUUCUGGAGAUGUACCAACGCUGUGACAAACCACCCCCCCUCAACAUUCUGACUCUUUAUAGGGACGAUAAGAAGGACGGUAUGAAGUUCUACACCGACCCGUCUUACUUUUUCAGCCUGUGGAGGGAGAAGAUGCUUCAGGCCACCGAGAACAAACGAAAGGCGAAGAGAAGACAGAAGGAACAGAAACACGUGGAGGAGUCUUCAGGAAGGGAGGUGAAGAAGGUCCGUAAAGCCCGUAACAGACGCCAGGAGUGGAACCUGAUGGCGUACGACAAGGAGCUCCGCCCCGAUGCUCGGAUGUCCCCGUCACCCAUCCACACCUCUGACGGCUCCAUGUCACCAGAGAGGUCAGACGACUUGUCCUUUCACACCAGUCCCCACCCCCACGAGGCCCAGGGGCAUGAUGGGAAGGAGUAUGUGGCGGUGGCGAGCAGUCAGACCCAGUCAUUGGACCGCGCCCUCCGACCCGCCUCUGCGUCAUCUGUGGUCGCCGCAGCAACCGCCCGCCAGCACUCGCUGGGCCGCAACCAGCCGCAUCAUCUGCCCCACCCCCCACCGCUCACUGGCUUGGCUAGUCAGAAUGGAGCACAGACCAAGGAGGCCAAUGACCAUCAGAUCCCUCCAGCUCCCCCACCCCCUCCUCCCCUCAUGCCGUCAGCAGGACAAAUGUCGUUCCCCAACAGCUCCGCUCACACAGCUGCCAUGGCAACCCCGCUGCAGCCUGCUGCUGCUGGUAACCAAGGUGGCGCUGGGGCAGUCUCUCGCCCCUACAACCUCUCCCCUCCACCGCCCCCCCCAGCCAACUACAACCCCUCCCCCUUUCGCCCGGGAGGCCUGCCACCCCCCCUCGCCACCGUACCACUGACAGCCGACAGUAGGAAGCCUCUCAUCGUGCCGCUGAACGAUGCCCGCAGCGACCUGCUAGCCGCCAUACGCAGAGGCAUCCAGCUGAGGAAGGUUCAGGAGCAGCGUGAGCAGGAGGAGGCCAAGAAACGAGAGCCCACAGGAAACGACGUGGCCACCAUCCUGUCGCGGCGCAUCGCCGUGGAGUACAGUGAAUCCGAAGAUGAGUCAGAACCUGAGGACCAGGAGUGGUCCGACUGAGGAGGUUUUAACCUGCCGGUCCAGGAGUAUUUAACACACACAAAUGAUAUAUAUGUUAUGUAGGUAGAACCGCAUAGUCACAGUUCUACAAUCUCCAGGUUUUAAUGACUCUUCUAUUCAGGACAAUGAAGAUCAAAGGUCACAUGUUGCUGCUUUUACAAUGGUUUGUUACGAGUAGAUGUUUUAUCGUUGUAAUAUUUUCUUUUGUAUUUUAUAGUCAUGUUCAGUUAUUGAUUAUAGAUGAUUAUUGUUGUCCCUGUGAACCUUGACGUGACCGCAACAUGAGUCCCUUGUCGUUAUGGUACCAAAGGACAUGUUAAUUGUUUGUGUGUGACACCACAGCUCAUCUAUAAAAACAGGAAGCAGUAGCAUUCAUUAAAUUCACAGCUAAUCUGUGAUUGGUUGUAGAGAUGUAUUGAUUUAUUAACUCAUGAUCUGUGCGUUCUGAUGUGAUUUUGCAUGUUGGUGGAAAAGAGUAAAUAAAGUAAAAUCUGAAGGAACUUUGA